GAGUGUCGCGCGCGCCCUCCCUCGCGCCUGCGCCAUGCUGCGUGCCGCGAGGCCCCUGGUGUGGGCGCGGGUGCGGGCCGCCGGGGUCACGGGCGGGGUCACCAUCCGGGGACCCGCAGCCUAUCACGGAGAUGCGGUGGCCUCCGUGGCCUCCCAACUCGACACGGGCUCCCACCUCUAUCAGGAAAACUAUGAACGGAUGAAAGCCCUUGUUUCUGAGCUCCAGGAAAGAGCACAGACAAUCAGACUAGGAGGAGGAGAGAAAGCAAGAAAACUCCACAUAUCAAGAGGAAAACUGUUACCUAGAGAGAGAAUUGACAGACUCACAGACCCAGGGUCUCCAUUCCUGGAGUUUUCCCAGUUUGCUGGUUACCAGGUGUACGGUAAUGAAGAGGUCCCGGCUGGUGGCAUUAUUACGGGCAUUGGCCGAGUGUCAGGAGUGGAAUGCCUGAUUGUUGCCAACGAUGCCACUGUCAAAGGUGGCUCCUACUAUCCGGUGACGGUGAAGAAACAUACCCGUGCACAAGAGAUUGCUUUGCAGAAUUGUCUUCCUUGUGUCUAUUUAGUUGAUUCAGGAGGCGGAAACUUACCUCGACAAGCAGAAGUCUUUCCAGAUCGAGAUCAUUUUGGUCGCAUAUUCUAUAAUCAAGCUGUUAUGUCUUCUAGAGGAAUUUCACAGAUCGCAGUGGUGAUGGGAUCCUGCACAGCAGGAGGAGCAUACGUGCCCGCAAUGGCUGAUGAAACCAUCAUUGUCGGCAAGCAGGGUACCAUUUUCUUGGGAGGACCCCCUUUGGUUAAAGCUGCCACCGGUGAGGAAGUAUCGGCUGAGGAUCUCGGAGGCGCAGACCUUCACUGCAGGAAGUCUGGAGUAACUGACCACUAUGCUUUGGACGACAACCAUGCGCUUCAUUUAGCAAGAAAAAUUGUGAGAAGUCUCAAUUAUCAGAAGAAAGUAGAUGUGACCAUUGAACCGUACGAAGAACCUUUAUAUCCUGCCGAUGAGCUGUACGGAAUAGUUGGCGACAACCUCAAAAGGAACUUUGAUAUCCAUGAGGUCAUUGCCCGAAUCGUGGACGGAAGUAAAUUUGAUGAAUUCAAAGCUUUAUAUGGAGAUACAUUAGUUACAGGAUAUGCCAGGAUAUUUGGCUACCCAGUGGGCAUUAUCGGAAAUAAUGGAGUGCUCUUCUCAGAAUCAGCGAAGAAGGGAGCACAUUUCAUUCAGUUAUGUUGCCAAAGAAAAAUUCCCCUUGUGUUCCUUCAGAAUAUCACAGGAUUCAUGGUUGGUAGAGAAUAUGAAGCUGGAGGAAUAGCCAAGGAUGGAGCCAAGAUGGUGACUGCUGUAUCUUGUGCCAAUGUACCUAAAAUAACUGUCAUCAUUGGAGGAUCCUAUGGAGCUGGAAAUUACGGCAUGUGCGGCAGAGCAUUUAGCCCAAGAUUUCUCUACAUGUGGCCAAAUGCUCGUAUCUCAGUGAUGGGAGGGGAGCAAGCAGCAACCGUGUUAGCUACAAUAGCGAAAGACCAAAAGGCAAGAGAAGGAAAAGAGUUUUCCAGUGCAGAUGAAGCGGCCUUAAAAGAGCCCAUCAUUAGACAAUAUGAAGAGGAAGGGAGCCCGUAUUACUCCAGUGCCAGGAUUUGGGAUGAUGGCAUUAUUGAUCCAGCUGAUACCAGAUUGGUCCUGGGUCUGAGUAUUAGUGCAGCCCUCAACGCUCCCAUUGGAAAGACAGACUUCGGAGUCUUCAGGAUGUAACUGGAUUGCGAAGAACCUCCCAGUGAAUUUCUGCCGUCAGUCCAGAGAUCUUGGAAAUUCAAGAUUUUUGCAGAUACAAAAUAAAUUUUUAAGCAUCU